ACUUUUCAUAUUUAUUAUCGAAUAAAAACAUUCUCAUUUACUUUAGUUUAAUUAUAACACAGUUGUCAAAAAGUGCAUUAAUACUGUAACUAUUGACUGCGCUCCGGACGAUUGACUUUUGUCCAACUGUUAAUUUUCGUAUCACCUAUCUAUAACGUUGAUAGCUAUCUGUUCGAGAUUAGUCAAUAAAUAACACGCAUCUGAGGAAUUCUUUAACAUAUACCAUCUGGCAGACUCAAUGACUAGACCACAGUGUAAACAAGUUAACGAUCGCAUAAAGCUCGGCACAGUUGAUCAACAGACGGCAUUCACUUCAUUAUGACUGAAGAUGCAAACACCUGUGAACGGCUUACAUCCUCACCAGAGAAUUAUCCCUCGCCCACGGGACAAGGGAGUGUCAAAAGUAAUUCAUUAAUGGAUACACCUACUAGGAAAAAUAAAAGGAAAAGUAGUGAACCCAGGAAAAGGACUGAUUUUAGUAUUAAGCGAUUUUGUCCGGAUAGUCCUGGUAGUGCAUGUUCUGAAAGUGGUAAAAGUGAGGAUGCUGGAUCGGAGGAUAGUGUGGACACCCCCAGGGGUAAUUCAGACAGAUUAGAACAAACAGGGAGUAGUGAUUCUAUAUCUCCUCCUUCAGUACCUCAUGGAAUGAUGUUUUAUCCAGGACAUUUUCCUCCGGCUUAUUUAAUGCCUGGACUUCAUCCAGCUUAUGGACGUGUGCAUUCUUUCACCGCUGCUGGUUUGGAUUUAUCUAAUAAUAAUAUUACUAAUUAUGAUGAAAGUGUUCAUAAACUAAAUGAAAGUGUUCAAUUAAGCAAUAAUGAACCACCACAAACUGUUCAAGACGAUGACAAUAUUGACGAUGAUGACAACGAAAGUGUCUCGGGUAGAAGAAAUAGGAAAAAUUAUAAAAACAUGACACGGGAACGUAGAAUUGAAGCAAAUGCACGCGAAAGGACAAGAGUUCACACUAUAAGUGCAGCAUUUGACGCUUUAAGGAAAGCAGUGCCAUCUUAUUCUUAUAAUCAGAAACUUUCUAAAUUAGCAAUAUUACGGAUAGCUUGUAGUUACAUUAUGGCAUUAGGGAAAUUAGCAGGUGAUGAUUUGAACGGAAAGGUAGAGAAUGUGUCAUUUGCAGAUUGUGUGGAUAUGUGUACUUCUACAAUUCAAACGGAGGGAAGGGCUAGAAGGAGACAUUAAUACCCCCACGCUGUGUAAACUGAUAGCAUGAUGAGAUAAGGAUUCCGAGUCCAUGGCAGCCGAUAAAGUAACAUCUGGACAAAGCAGACGACGACUUACAUCGAUAUAUUUAGCGCUGAGAGAGUUCUGAAUAACCACCGGCUGAGAAAUUACGAUCAAAAGAUAUGCCAGAUGUUCUUCUCAGCGUUAUGUUGCAUUCGGUACCGAUGAUUGAUGCAUUGCUAUAUUCAGAAAACAUGGAAUCAUACAGAGUUAUUCACUAAUCGACAGUUUUUCUGUUUUCUUGUUGAUAUGUUAAGUAUUAUGGCGUUUCUGUGAUAUUUAUUUGACUUUGUUUUUUUCUUAUUUUCCUCAUUCCUUGUUUUCCCAAACAUUUAAGCAAAAUGACAUUAGUUGAGAAAUUUGUUUUAUUGGAAAAUUUUGUUCAGCUUAAUGUGUUUGGUUGGUGCUAGAAAUAUAUAAAAUAUUGAAGAUAAAAA